AUGCCGCAUGCCUUUGACAAACUGGAAAGUAAUGAUAAACUCACUGCACAGGUUGUGAUUUGUUCCAUUAUUGCAGCCUUUGGUGGUCUUAUGUUUGGCUAUGAUAUUGGGAUUUCAGGUGGGGUGACAUCCAUGGAUGAUUUCUUAGAGAAGUUCUUCCCAAAAGUAUAUGUUAGAAAGCAUAGGGCCAAAGAAGACAACUAUUGCAAGUAUGACAACCAAAUGUUGCAAUUGUUCACAUCUUCAUUGUAUUUAUCAGCAAUUGUCUGUUGUUUCUUUGCCUCAAAGUGUUGUAAGAGGUUUGGAAGGAAAUUAACAAUGCAACUUGCCUCUUUGUUCUUUUUCAUUGGAGUUAUCCUAAAUGCUGCUGCAAUUGAUCUCCCUAUGCUUAUCAUUGGACGGCUUUUUCUUGGUGCUGGAGUUGGAUUUGGCAACCAGGCAGUGCCAUUAUUCAUAUCAGAGAUAGCUCCACCAAAGUACAGAGGAGGUCUCAAUAUUUUGUUCCAAAUGCUCAUCACAAUUGGCAUUUUGUGUGCCAACAUUGUCAACUAUGCAACUUCAAAAAUGCACCCAAAUGGAUGGAGAGUUUCCCUUGGUGGUGCUGCAUUUCCAGCAAUAUUUCUUGGCCUAGGCUCUUUACUCAUUGUUGAAACACCAACUAGCUUAAUUGAACGUGGCCAAAUAGAACAAGGCAAAAAAACUCUUAUUAAAAUUAGGGGUGUUGAUGAUGUUGAAAAAGAGUACCAAGAGAUUUUACAAGCCACUCAAUUGGCACACCAAAUCAAACACCCUUUUAAAAAUUUGAUGAAAAAAUCUAGUAGGCCACAACUUAUAUGUGGUACAAUUCUUCAAAUUUUCCAGCAAUUUACUGGCAUAAAUGUUGUCAUGUUCUAUGCUCCUGUGUUAUUUCAGACGAUGGGGUUCGGAGGAAAUGCCUCGCUGUUAUCGGCUAUUGUGACUGGUUCGGUCAAUGUGAUCUCUACGUUGGUCGCGAUACUUGGUGUUGAUAGAUUUGGAAGAAGAGGUUUACUUGUUGAAGGUGCUGUACAAAUGCUCAUUGCCCAGUGUAUUACAGGGGGGAUUCUUGCUGUGCAUUUGAAAUCCACAAAUGUUAUACCAAAGUACUAUGCACAUAUUGUGGUUGCAUUUAUUUGUGUGUUUGUGAUGGGAUUUGCUUGGUCAUGGGGACCCUUAGGAUGGUUAAUUCCAAGUGAGAUUUUCCCAUUGGAGACAAGAACUGCUGGGUUUUUCUUUGCAGUUAGCAUGAACAUGAUUUGCACUUUCAUCAUUGCUCAAGCUUUUCUCACAAUGUUGUGUCACAUGAGGUCUGGGAUUUUCUUCUUCUUUGCCGUUUGGAUUGUUAUAAUGGGAACUUUUGCAUUUGUCUUUCUUCCUGAGACUAAGGGAAUUCCAAUUGAUGAAAUGAAUGAAAGAGCUUGGAAGAAACAUUGGUUCUGGAAGAGGUACUUCAACAACGAUCCCGCUCAUGAAGAUCGUCAAGAUGCCAAACUUUCAGAGAAUUAGUUGGGCCAAUGAGCAUCGGACACUGGAUGGUUAAGCAAAAAGUGUUUAACUUGUGUCUCUACAUGAACCACAAACU